GGCGAGCUGGCGGGAAAGCGCGCGGGAAGCCCCCGGCUGGCUCUCAGCGUGGGGGAGGGAGGCCAGGAGGCGUCUGGAACGUGCCACUCUCGGAGAGAAAGGGGGGAUUUUCGCGUGGCGCUGGCGUUUCUACACCUCCCACCCGCCGACCAAUCCGUUAGCUCCCCCCUUCCCCUGCCGCGGUACGAAGCCCUGUGCCGUGGCCUCGCUCCCUACCGGCAGCGCGGACCGGCCCCUCGAACCCCGCUCUGGACGGAGCGGUACCCUCAGCAGCCGGAGCGGGGCGCUGCGCCGCGCGGCGAGGCCGGAAAUUCCCGCGGCCUGAGUGGUGGAGCCCUAGCCGGGAGCGCGGCACCACCUUCCUCCUCCCGGGUGGGCGGGGGCGUUAGGCCCAGCGAGGGCCGGGCCGCCUGAGUGGGUGGGGUGGGGGCCGUUGCGUCCGCCGGGAGCGGCCCAGCAGGCGGCGGACGGGGAGCGCGGACAAUUCUGCUGCGGCUCACCCGCCGCCCGGCCGGUUGAGACCCUCGCGACCCCGCUCCCGGGGCCCCCGCCCCUUCGCCGUCUCCGCCUCCUUCCUCACACACCCCCGGGCCGCCCGGGCCCCAAGCCUUCCCGGCGCUCCUCCCCCUUUUCCUCACACUCGCUCUCUGGCUGGGGUCCUCCUGCCGCCCGCCGGCCUGCUCCCUUCGGGGCAAGUCCUGCUUCUUAGGCUCUCCUUUCACACACGCGCGCGCUCGCUGGGCCGUCCCCUCCUCUCCGGCCCUCCUCCUCCUGGUCCUUGCUAAGGCUGCCGUCGGGGAGGAUUGAUGUCCCUUCAGCAUCAUGCAGCCGCCGCCGAGGAAGGUGAAAGUUACCCAAGAACUGAAAAACAUUCAAGUUGAGCAGAUGACAAAACUUCAAGCCAAACAUCAAGCAGAAUGUGAUUUGCUUGAAGAUAUGAGGACAUUCAGUCAGAAGAAGGCUGCUAUUGAAAGAGAGUAUGCACAGGGUAUCCAGAAGUUGGCUAGUCAAUACCUGAAGAGAGAUUGGCCUGGAGUAAAAGCUGAUGAUCGGAAUGAUUACAGGAGCAUGUAUCCCGUUUGGAAAUCUUUUCUCGAGGGAACAAUGCAGGUAGCCCAGUCUCGGAUGAAUAUAUGUGAAAACUAUAAAAACUUCAUUUCUGAGCCUGCAAGGACAGUGAGAAGCUUAAAAGAACAGCAACUAAAAAGGUGUGUGGACCAGUUGACAAAGAUCCAAACUGAAUUACAAGAGACAGUGAAAGAUUUAGCUAAAGGCAAAAAGAAAUACUUUGAGACUGAACAGAUGGCUCAUGCAGUACGAGAGAAAGCUGACAUCGAGGCAAAAUCUAAACUUAGUCUUUUUCAAUCAAGAAUCAGUUUACAGAAGGCAAGUGUAAAGUUAAAAGCCCGGCGAUCUGAGUGUAAUUCCAAAGCUACCCACGCAAGGAAUGAUUAUCUUCUUACCCUAGCGGCAGCAAAUGCACAUCAGGAUCGCUACUAUCAAACAGAUUUAGUUAACAUUAUGAAGGCUCUUGAUGGAAAUGUGUAUGAUCAUCUCAAGGAUUAUUUAAUAGCCUUCAGCCGGACUGAGCUAGAAACAUGUCAAGCUGUACAGAACACAUUCCAGUUUUUAUUAGAAAACUCCAGCAAGGUGGUACGGGACUACAAUCUUCAACUGUUUUUGCAAGAGAAUGCUGUAUUUCACAAACCCCAGCCCUUCCAGUUCCAGCCUUGUGACAGUGAUACUAGUUUAAAAGCCGCCCAACUGGUGGAUAUUGAGCUCUCCCCUGUCAGUGCUCUGAGAAUGACCAUAGCUGAGAGCCGACAAUUAGAAUCAGAAACUGGGACCACAGAGGAGCACAGUCUAAAUAAGGAAGCUCGAAAAUGGGCCACACGUGUGGCACGUGAGCAUAAAAACAUUGUUCAUCAACAACGGGUUCUAGAUGAUCUGGAGUGUCAUGGACCUACUGUAUCAGAACAAAGCCGAGCAGAGCUGGAACAGAAAAUAGAUGAAGCUAGAGAAAAUAUUCGUAAAGCAGAGAUAAUUAAAUUGAAAGCUGAAGCUCGGCUGGACCUGCUAAAGCAGAUCGGUGUUUCUGUGGACACAUGGCUAAAGAGUGCCAUGAGCCAAGUAAUGGAAGAACUGGAAAAUGAGCGAUGGGCCCGCCCUUCUGCAGUGACCAGUAAUGGCACUUUACACUCGCUUAAUGCAGAUACCGAAAGAGAAGAAGGAGAAGAGUUUGAAGAUAACAUGGAUGUUUUUGAUGACAGCAGUUCCAGCCCUUCUGGCACCUUAAGAAAUUAUCCACUCACCUGCAAAGUUGUUUAUUCCUACAAGGCUUCUCAACCAGAUGAGUUGACCAUUGAGGAACAUGAGGUGUUAGAAGUGAUUGAAGAUGGAGAUAUGGAAGACUGGGUAAAGGCUCGAAAUAAAGUUGGCCAAGUGGGUUAUGUGCCAGAAAAGUACCUACAGUUUCCCACCUCAAACAGCCUCCUGAGCAUGCUGCAGUCCCUGGCCACUUUGGACAGUCGGUCACACACGUCCAGCAAUUCCACGGAAGCAGAACUCAUUUCAGGCAGCCUCAACGGAGAUGCCAGUGUCUGUUUUGUGAAAGCACUUUAUGAUUAUGAGGGCCAGACAGAUGAUGAGUUAUCUUUUCCUGAGGGAGCAAUAAUCCGUAUCUUGAACAAAGAAAACCAAGACGACGAUGGCUUCUGGGAAGGGGAAUUCAAUGGGCGUAUUGGAGUUUUCCCAUCCGUGCUAGUGGAAGAACUUUCAGCCUCAGAAAAUGGUGACACUCCAUGGAUGAGAGAGAUUCAGAUCUCUCCUUCCCCCAAGCCACACGCCUCCCUGCCUCCACUGCCGUUGUAUGACCAGCCUCCCAGCAGCCCCUACCCCAGCCCAGAUAAGAGGAGCUCCCUGUACUUUCCCCGGUCUCCUUCAGCAAACGAAAACAGCCUUCAUGCUGAGUCACCAGGAUUCUCUCAGGCAUCAAGGCAUACGCCUGAGACCUCACAUGGCAAACUGCGACCUGUCCGGGCAGCUCCCCCUCCACCUAUGCAGAAUCACCGAAGGCCAGCAGAGAAGAUUGAAGACGUGGAAAUCACACUGGUGUGAUGAUGGGCUUGCCCAUCCAUUACUGCUACAAUCAAGGCCAGGCUUGGAGUUUGGCCAGUCUUGUUUUUAGGCACCUUUGCAUGAUGAUGACUCUUGAACAGAGCAAAAACAAGGAUUAUUUGUGACUGGGUGACCUGGUAGACUCCUCCCACGUUUUGAAUAUUUCGUGCCUUUUUUUUGUUGUCAUUUUCUAUGUCAUCUUUCCUACCAUAGCACAAAUCCUAGCGGACCCUAGGAGCAAAGAGGGGGGCAGCCCUCAUGCCUAACAGUGGUCUGUUUUUAUAUGAGACUCAAGACCAGGCCUCAUUCCAGGGCACAGUCCCUAAAUUACUGAUCAUGUGCACUCGUACAGUAUAUUACUGUGACCGCAAGGAUGUGGCAAAGAUUCUCAUCUUUCUUCAAGUGGGUUUUGCUCAUCUGAUUGAGAAUUAAUCAGAUCAUGUUGGCUACAUAAGGAAACAGAAGGAGGGAUUUCAGGAGAGGCUGGCUCCUCCCCAAGGUUAGUCCCCAGACUGAGAAAGUGAAACCUUAUUGGGAAAAAUUGGACUGCCCUGAAUUUAGCACCAAUUGCAUUAACGCAUAUCUCUUCCACAACUAACAGACUUAAAAUAACAGUGUCCUUCGUAUUAAUAUCUGUGCCAUUCAUUUAGAAUUAGCGGAGCUAAUAUGGAGGGGCUGAACUAGUAGCCACAUCUUGUCCAUCACAUAGACUAAUAGAAAGGAGGCUAUGGCUAAAGCAGAAAUGGAGCUUCCGGAUCUGAAAUUAGCCAAUAUAAUGUUCUUUUGUAUUUGGGUAUUUUUCAUCUUAAUUUUUACAGCAUAUACUCUUCUUACCAGUAUCCUUAGAAUCUGAAUGUCUAGAUAAGUUGAGGACACAUACCUGCAUUGUUGAGCUUCUCUACUGGGGAGGCCCCUGGCAUUAUUUUAUUCCCAAGCCAGCAGACCGGCCCAGCCAGCCAGGCUGUGGCUAUCCCAGACCAACUGCUACGGUGGAAAAUGGAGCUUCCAGGUCCCACUACCCUGACAUUUCCUUAGAAGGAAGAACCUGGGGGCCCGUGGAGGAAACCAGCUUCCUGUGACAAAGGACUGAAGGAUUACACACCCUGCACAAGUACAGAUUGACCAGGAAAAGACAAGUGUCUUCUGUGUGUCACAGGGAAAACCAGGAGUGGCCUUCUUUGCAGGCCAGCAAGCCUACAACAGCAGGUGCCCCCGAGUCAGGUACUGACUCUCCGCUGUCCGCUGCUGUAGAAGGUAGGGAGCGCAAUACCUGGGGACUAUGGGAUGUUUGCUGGUUGUGGUUUUGUUUUUUGUUUUCUAGGUUAAGAAAUCAAAUUUGCAGAAUUUAAUCUAAAAGUUGCAUUAUGCUUUGAAAACUCCAUCCCUCCUAAGAAUCUUAAAAAACUUGAAAUGCUCACCAAAUGUCCCCAUGGGAUUUUUGACCAAAAGUAAGGUCAUAACUGAAGAAAUUUUUAGUUCUUUGAUCACUUCAGUGACAAUACCCAUUGAUGAAUCUUCUUCAUGAUUUGGGAUUUUUUGUUGUUGUUGUUUUUUACACUUCUUAACCUGUUGAUCUAUUUGAGGUCUUUUGUGUUUAUCAAACUUAUUCUUAAGUUUAAAAAAGAAAUUAAAAGGGUGGUUUUUUUUUAAGAUUUUAAAGUUUGCUAACAUAUUAAAAAAUCUUCAAAUGCUUAUUAAAUAGAGCAGUUCUUGCCACCCAGUCUUCUUGUAUUCUCUCUUUAGCUAGCCAAAUUGUCCUUGAAUUUGGGUUUUCCACAACCUCAGAGGGUUAUUUGAAAUCUUUUGUUGUAUUUUAAAAUAUUUUUUGGAAGAGCUGCUAAUUUUAUUUUUAAAAACAAAGUUGUGAAAAUAUGCCUCCUUUUUAAAAAAUAACCCCUCCAUCCCGGACAUGGAAUCCAGCACCACAGUGCACAGGUCAGGGCUCGGAGGGAGCCUCUGUGCAGAUGUGUUUUCUUUACAGUGGCUGUAAAAAGUUUGUAUUUAUUAUGUAUAAAAUGUUGAAUAAUUUAAAAAAUGGAAUUAUA